AUGGAUCUUUCUCUGGUAAUCGUCUCGGUGUCCCUGUGGUUGAGUCUGCAUGCCGCAAUCGGAGGCGUUGCUGCUGUUCCCACGAUUCAGUUAGAUCGCGGAGUCUUCAUAGGCAACUCUACAGGAACAGUUGAUAAAUUCCUGGGUAUACCGUUUGCACUUCCUCCAACUGGUGAUCGUCGCUUUCGCCUGCCAGAACCGAAUCACCCGUACGAGGGAGCUUACAACGCUACUGUGUUCGGCAACUCGUGCCCUCAGCAAACCGCAACUCCUACCAUCCCAAACGAGAUUGUUGGCGAGAUUCUGAGCACCUAUAUACUUGUGGAGGGUGCCCAUCCUCAAAGUGAAGACUGUCUGAGUCUCAAUGUAUGGGCUCCUGCUAAUACUACAGCGGAUGCGAAUCUUCCGGUACUCGCGUGGAUAUAUGGAGGCGGAUGGGAGGUCGGGGAGACGGCAACAUACAACGGGGAGGCUGUUGUCCAAGGGUCUCUCAAUAUUGGCAUGCCGAUAAUCUAUGUGAGCAUGAAUUAUCGAUUGGCAGCUUUUGGCUUCCUUGCUAGCAGAGAAGUAAAAGAGGCAGGUGUUGGGAAUCUUGGUCUUCAUGAUCAGCGCCAGGCCCUCCGAUGGAUCCAGACAUAUAUUGGUACCUUCGGAGGAGACAAGGACAGGGUAACCAUCUGGGGUGAAAGUGCUGGCUCUGUUUCCGUUGCGCUCCAGAUGAUUACGAAUGGUGGCAACAGUGAAGGCCUUUUCCACGGAGCGUUCAUGCAAUCUGGCUCACCUCUAAUUGUCGGCGAUAUCACUCAUGGUCAGCCUUACUACGAUCUCAUCGUCAACGAGGUCGGCUGCAAUGGCACUGAAGAUACCUUGCAAUGUCUGCGCGAGGCUCCUUACGAAAAAUUCCAGGCUGCGUCGAGCAGUACGCCUUCGUUGUUCAGUAACACCUCCCUAAACCUGGUCUGGAUGCCUCGUACAGACGGUAAAUUUCUGACUGAGGAUCCCCAAACGCUUGUCAAAAAAGGGCAUGUCGCAGAUAUACCUUUUGUCAAUGGAGAUUGCGAUGACGAGGGUACACUAUUUUCCCUCUCGUCAUUAAACGCAACUUCCGACGAAGACACUCUGAAAUACAUUCAAUCUGUCUACUAUCCGAAGACUUCCUCGCAAGAACUUGACCCUGUGCUCCAGCUCUAUUCUUCCGACCCAUCUGAAGGCUCACCUUUCAAUACAAGCAGUAACAAUACGCUCUCUCCACAAUACAAGCGUAUCGCCGCUAUCCAGGGAGACAUAUGGUUCCAGGGUCCUCGCCGUCUGUUCUUUGAGUAUCGGUCAGAAAAGCAGAACACUUGGUCAUAUCUGUAUAAAGGAUUUAAGUCAACGCCCUUCCUAGGAUCAUUUCAUUCGUCCGAUCUCAUUGGCAUCUACGGUCCUGGAAGCGACCUAGGAAACUUCGUCAUCCGCUUCGCCACCGGUCUAGAUCCUAAUCACGGAAACACCACUAUUUACUGGCCUAGGUAUACCCAGAAAUCACGCAAGCUCAUGACGAUACUGGAUGGGUCGGUUCCCCUGACUAUCGGUGAAGAUGACUUCAGGGAGGAAGGGAUCAAAUACCUUACGCAGUUAAUGUUGCAGAACCCUCUUUGA